AUGUCGACUCGAUCUACGUUCAUCAAUGAUGAAACAGCGCUCAACAGAUCUCUGAUCGAUCUGGAUCACGAGGCGAUCUUUAACACGAGCAGUCCUCGUGUUUCUGAACAUGAACAUGACAGUUAUGCUGAUCAAUACAAUAUAGCAGCAUUUAACAAUAACCGUCUCACUCCAUUCAAUGGAGAUUCUCCAGACCUAUGGUUUUUAGUUAUUGAAUAUGAGUUUCAGUCUGCUAGGAUCAGGAGUGACGAUACUAAGUACACAGCAGUACUCAAAGCCCUAGACUUCGAGACACUGCGCCUCAUCCAGGAUGUCCUCCGUAAUCCACCAAUGACAGGCAAAUACGAAUAUAUCAAAAACACUAUAUUAAGCAGAAUGUCUGAAUCUAGAGGUAAGCAAAUUGACAAGCUAUUAAAAAACUUAACUCUAGGAGAGAAGAAACCAUCACAGCUCCUACGAGAAAUGAUGAAUUUGGCUAAGGGAGAGGUCAGUGAAGACAUCAUAAUUAAAUUGUGGUCAGAACGCCUGCCACACCAUAUUCGGCCACAAUUGAUAGUUUCUCGUCAUCUUGGUCCGGAAGCCCUGGCGGAAGUUGCCGAUAUUUUGGUCGAUCACUGUAGCUCCACAUCUCAUGUGAUGUCCACAACACACAAGUCUUCAGUAGAACAGAGACUGGACCGCCACGAAACUCUUCUUAUGUCAUGCGUCCAGGAAAUUAAGGAACUAAGGGCAAUGUUAAACACUGAAAGACAAAGAAAUGAUCAACCAGAAUCACAACUCAACCAGUCAAGAUCAAGAAGUGAACAACUCAAUCAGUCAAGUUCAAGAAGUGGUUCUCGACAUAGGUCCAGGACACCUUCACGUGGAUCGGUAUGCUACUAUCAUUACAGAUAUGGGGAGAAGGCCACUAAUGGAGCUUUCCAUGACGGUGAAGUAAAUUCUGUCUGCUCUGAGCUCCGCCUUCAUAUAUCAGACAGAAAGACGGCAAUCCAAUUUCUUAUAGAUUCAGGAUCAGUUAUAUCCAUUUUACCAGCCCAUAAGUUCGCCAAUGGUCAUUCUAAGGAAGAGUUAGUUCAAUUUGCAGCAAACUCUAGCAGAAUAUCCACGUAUGGAAAGAGAACUCUGGAGCUGGAUUUAUCUUUACGCAGAAGCUUUAGCUGGCAGUUUGUUGUUGCCGAUGUAGCCACAGCCAUAAUAGGAGCUGAUUUCCUAAGCAACUACAAUUUAUUAAUAGACUUGAAGGGUAGAAGAUUGAUUGAUUCGACCACAGGCCUUACCUCUGAUGGAAAGGUACUCAAGGCACAGCAAGUUAACAUCUCCACUGUCAACCCGGCAGAGCACUUCAAGGAUUUACUGGCACAAUACAUUGUAAUAACAAAGCCACAGGUAACCACCAAUAAUAAAACUUCUCAUUUUUCCCACAGGAUAACCACAACAGGUCCACUAUUAGCUUCCAGAUUCAGGAAGAUCUCCGGGGAAAAGGCUGUUGCAGCCAGGUCCGAGAUACAAGAUCUCCUGAACAGGGGCACUUUGAGGCCUUCCAAUAGUCCAUGGGCAAGCCCUAUUCACAUGGUUCCCAAAAAAAAUGGCACAUUCAGAAUGUGUGGAGACUACAGGAGGCUGAACGCAAACACGUUGCCCGACAGGUAUCCUCCACCAUUAAUACAAGAUGUUUUCAAUAAUCUUCAUCAGAAAGCAUAA